AGAGGAGAGAGAAAGGGGAGAGGCCAUGACUGCUCUGGUAUAUAAAGGACAGCCGCGCACGCCUUUUUCCUGAAUGAAAUAGUUCAAGCAAAGCAAGAGGCAGAGUAGAAGAUCUUUGUUCUCUUGCUUUGCGCUCUUCCCAUUUUUAUUUCUGCAUUCCCACUCAAACAAGAAACAGGAAGAUGAAAUACAUCAUUGGAAUAGGAGGCGUGACCAAUGGUGGGAAAACCACUCUGACCAAUAGACUUAUCAAAGUACUUCCAAACUGUUGCGUUGUCCAUCAAGAUGACUUUUUCAAGCCACAAGAUCAAAUAGAAGUCGGGGAAGACGGCUUUAAGCAAUGGGAUGUUUUGGAGUCCUUGGAUAUGGAAGCCAUGGUGAGCACUGUUCACGCAUGGGUAGAGAAUCCCGUGAAAUUUGCCCGAUCUCAUGGAGUGAACGUUUCGCCCAGUGCGAAGGAGCCGAAUUCUGAUGAUAUCCACAUACUGAUUGUUGAGGGCUUCCUGCUUUACAACUACAGACCACUGAUCGACUUGUUUGACAAACGGUACUAUCUGGCAGUCCCAUAUGAUGAAUGCAAACAGAGACGGAGUACACGUAGAUACACAGUUCCUGACCCUCCUGGUCUCUUCGAUGGCCAUGUCUGGCCCAUGUAUCUGAAACACAGGAAGGAAAUGGAAGCCAGUGAAGUUGAUGUCGUUUAUCUGGAUGGUCUGAAGUCCAGAGAUGCUCUUUACACGCAAGUGUUUGAAGAGAUACAGAACAAGCUUCUAAAUGCUUCAUAGGUGAAUAUAUCUUGAUUAUGGUGUGUUUUCUCCCUUCCUGUAGAGCAACAACUGACUCUUAUAUAGACUUUAAAAAUAUUUGUGUGUGUGUGUGUGUAUGCAACUGGAAGUCAUGGUGACCUCUGGUGACUGACCCUACUGGGUGCCUGGAGGAUAUUCAGGGGGGUGGCUGGAUAAAACCUGCCCCUGCCUCCCGGCUGCUAGUAUUCCAGGGAGGUCUCCCUUCCAAGUACUUGCCAGAGUCGUCCCUAUUUAGCUUAUGAGAUCUGACAAGAUCGGGCUUGCCUGGGCUAUCCAGGGCUGAGUCUUAUACAGACGUUGAACAUUGAUUUUAUAUCCAGGGCUGAGUCUUAUACAGACGUUGAACAUUGAUUUUAUUUUUGUUUUUCAGGGUCUGUGGAAAAUCGGAGGAUCCUUGUACAGAUUUGAUGUAAAUACUGCAUUGGAUAUUAAUAGACAUGUGUAGGUUUAGACUUUCUGAUACUGUCCUUUGGAAAACAAAGCUUUUGUAUAUAAUUGAAAGUUAAGGUAACUUAUUGACAAUUUGGCCCUGGACAGGAUUUGUGUGUUUUUUAAAGAAACCUUUUAUAUUUCAUUGGUUCAAAUGUAUUCUCGAUAUGCAUUUUUUUAAAAUAAUGGAGCACUUAGAUUCAGUGUGUGAAAUGUCUAUUCUGUCUGUAUCUUUGUGUCAGUUGUAAGCCCCGCUGAAUUGCUUGUAUAACACUGUAUUGUACACUGAAUAAACAUAAUUUUAUGGUC